AUGAUUGGUCUCCGGCAAUCCACGAAUCUAAGGCUUUGCCGUUUGUCAAGUCAACGAGCUUGGUUGGUCACGGCCCAACGGUUAAACUCCACCACCAGUACAAACAAACCCAAGCCCAAGCCCAAGAAGAAACCCAAGGCCAUGAACAUUGCCCGUGUGCCCAUCUCCUACAUUGGCGUAAUGACAGACCACUACACGCCGCCAAAGCUCCGCUCCGUGCCUCUUAAAUCGUGGCCGCGCGUCAUCCUCAACCGGUUCCUCGUGUUUGGGUUCAACACCUACAACGUGCUCAAAUACAAGCGCGAGAUCUCCAAGCCUUUGAAAUUCAACGAGUGGAAAGACAAAGCUAUCGAGCACUAUGUACGUACAAACAAAGCCUUUGCUCAAGCGUGCACCAAAGCUGCAUCGCCGCUUGAAGGUGGACCUUAUGGCGGGCCUCAGGGCGUCGCUAAUUUCUUGGCUUCAAAGUUGGACCAAGUCGGCGGCAAGCAUUUGAUAGACGCGUUGAGUGCUAGAGCAUCGACGUUUGCCUCGCAGCAGAAUAUGCAAGUCGAGUGGAAGUUGGUAAGUAUCGAUAAAAACCCCAAGAUCACGACGUUUAGCGCCAUACCGGAUGAAGACGGCAUUGCCACCUAUGUGCAAUUCGUGAUGAACUUGAAGACGACGCAGCAGAUUUCGGUGAAGAACACCUCGACUGGUGAGGUUGUCCAGGAGCUGCAGACUAACGCUGAUGAUUAUUUGGUUUAUUCUAUGAACCCUUGGGAUGAGCGGAUUUUGUUGGUGGGGAAGAUUUUCGAGAGUGAGCCCGACAGAGGACUCAAGUCCGAUAUGGAUGCGUUUGACACGCGCACGAUGCAGAAUUUCAUCAAUGAGGCGGGGGACAUUUAUCGUGAUAAGCCGGCCAGUGCAGUUGAAAAGGUAUAA